AUGCACUAUUACAUGUACGGCAAGGUCCUCGAGCCGCCGCCUAGCCUCAUCGGCGUGGCGUGCCUGCAGGGCGGAGAGCAGACGCCCGAGCUCAUGCACAAUCUCUCAUCCUCAUCGUCCAUCGUCUCCAACGACCCCACGAUCUACUGCAUCGGCGAAGAGACGAUGGCGCCCUCAUCUGCGCUCCCCAUCGGCGCGACGCGCGUCGUGUGCGAGAUGCAGUCGCUCGUCCUCGCACUGCAUGGGCUCCUCGACUGCAUCUGUCCCAGCAUUGCGACACGGAGCAACAAUACGAGCUAUUUGAAUCUUUGA